AUGGACACUCAGCUGCCCUUUCAUUCGCAAGUGCUUAAGAUGGAUGAGAACUUGUUUGACCCUGAUGCCAAAGGUGGGGACAACAUGGAGGAGGUUCGCCCUGUUGCACGCCCCUUGAAGUUGUCUGAGGACAGUCUUUUGGGCCCAGCUCCCGAAGCUAUCACACCUGAGAAGCCUGCCUAUGUGGAGAUCCUGGAUUCCCCAGUUCCCAUGCCUGCAGUUCCUCCCACCAGCAAGGAAUGCAAAGCAGAGCGCAUCGCACGUUUGCAAGCCCAAAUUGCAGCUUUGGAAGCUGAGCCUGGCCACAAGAUCAAGUUGCCUGAGGUGGUGUCCGCUGGAUCUAGCACAGAUAAGGUUAAUGUAUGGCAUGUCAUGGACUCCUUACCUAUGGCGCAUGAUGCUGACCAAACCCUCCCCAUGACCACGGAUGAAGAGAUUCCAAGCUCUGUGGGGAUUCUUCUAAUGAAGGAAGACAUGGAAGUAGCCCAGCACAUGGAACGGUUGAAACAUGAUUCAAUGACCUUGGACCCUGAGAAUGAGAUUCGUCCCAAGGUUCUCACUCGUCGAGAGCAACUUCGAAUUGCCCAGGAAGAGAAAGCUGACAAAGCGGAGAAGAAGACCGUUUCCCGGGGAGGCGGACGUGGGAGAGGUCGUGGAGGACGAGGGAGAGGAAAGAAAAGCAUUGGGGAAUCUGAGGCUCACUCUUCUGCUCCUGAGAUUGUUCCAGAACCUCACCAAGCCACCCCCCAAAAGGGUUCAAGUGGUGGGGACAUGGAUGCCAAAGUUUGCAAGAGACCAGCUGAGCAGCAAACACCAGAACGCCGACAGCUUUUCCGUGAUGAUGAUACCAACAUGUCCCCAUCCCCAGCGAAGGUUGUUUCGCCUCCCAUCAAGCAGCCCAAGAAAAGAAUUCGAGCUGCGGCCAAGCCCAAGCCCAAGGCCAAAGCAGCGGCAUCGACUGCAAAGGUGGAGGACAUGAAGGAAGCUGAGGAAGGGAAGUGCACAGUAGAGGGGGAGACAGGUGAGGGUGGUGAAAGUAAUGAAAAAGGGGAGAAGGAAACCAAAAGCAUGCGUGCCCCAUCGGAGAAACUUAAGAAAUGGGCCUUUGACACCUUGACCGAAGCAAAGGGUGAUCCAGCCUCAUGGUUUCAUGCCCAGAAACUUUUUGAGGGUGUCAAGCAGACUGAGAAAUCUUGUUUGGCGAAGUGGACCUAUUGGCAGAACAGCAUGUACUGGACUACUCGUCGUGUUGGAGUUCUUCAAAAGCAGACCCGGGGGGGGAACAAAACAUGUGCUGAGCUUUGGUGGUGGCCACUGCAAGCAUAUCGGUAUUCCAUUUGUCAACUUCAUGGGCGACAAGGAAGCUGA